AUGGCCAAUAUGCAGUACGGCUUUGAUCUCGCUGCAGUCGGUUCAUUGCAGGCAAUGCCGGGAUUUCUGAAAGUUUUCGGAUAUCCCGACCCGAGCAGCGAUAUUGGUUAUGGAAUUGAUAGUACCGUACAGCAACUCAUCACCUCACUCCUGACGCUUGGAUCAUUUGUCUCCUCGCUCGUCGCCGGCUUUUUUUCUACAUACCUAGGUCGACGUGCUGCUCUAUGGCUUGCCUGCAUUGUGAAUGCCAUCGCAUGUGGAAUCCAGAUUGGAGCACCCUCUCCGGCGGAAGUAGCACCGCCUCAUAUGCGCGGGCUGAUGGUUGCGCUUUUCGCAUAUUGGGUUAAUAUCGGAAGUAUUCUGGGUGCUGUCAUCGACAAUUAUACCAAAUCCCGGAUGGGCCGCUUGUCCUAUCGCAUUCCCCUGUCGUGUUUAUAUAUUGUCCCGGCACUACUGUUCAUUGCCUUAUUUUUUGUUCCUGAGAGCCCACGGUGGCUUCUGCACCGUGGAAAGGAGCAAUCUGCGAGAAAAGCAUUGGAAAAACUAAGAGGGAGUGCUUUCGCAAAUAUACCCUCUUCGUCUUCAGAUGACGCUCAGCGAAAUAGCACGGCAGAAACUGCGAGUAUCGGAAGUGCGACAGUUGUCCCUUCACUCUUAGAGCUAGAGUGGGCCGAGAUGGUCAAAGGUGUCGAAGAGGAAAAGCGAGAACAGAGCAGUGUUGCUGCAGUGCAUAUGUUCAAAGGCGUCGACCUCCGCCGAACAAUGCUAUGCUACGGCAUUAUCGCCUGCCAAACGGCAUCCGGCGUUUGGUUCCUGAUCGGCUAUCAAACGUACUUCUUCACUGUGUGUGGCAUCUCGCGAGCGUUCGAGUUCUCGAUUAUGAACACUUGCUUUGGCUUUCUGGGAGUCAACGUCGGCAUGUUUGCCAUUCGCCACUUGCUCGGUCGUCGCGCCAUCCUGAUGCUGGGAGCAAUGGCCUGCGGAUUGUGCCAAUUGGCAAGUGCUAUCGCAGCAACCGUCAGUCCAAACACCUUACCCACAGGCCAGACGCUGGUGGCAUUCACGGCGCUAUUCAUGUUCUUCUAUAAUGGCUGUGUAGGCGCAGCUAGCUACCCUGUCGCAACGGAGCUGGUCAGUUCGCGAUUGCGUGCGUGGACAGUGGGCACAGCCACGUCAUUGGGGUACCUGCUCGCAUGGCUAACCAACUUUUGUACACCGUAUUUCAUCAAUCCGGAGCAUCUCGAUUGGGGCGCUCAGUACGGAUAUAUCUGGGCUGCAUCUAAUUUCCUCUGCGUCAUAUUUUUCUAUUUCCUCAUGCCAGAGAUGAAGGGUCGGUCUCUGGAAGAGCUAGACGAGAUCUUUGCAGCUGAGGUGCCAGCCCGCAAAUUCCAGUCUUACCAGUGCCUUAUUAGAGAGGCGGCGAGACUGGACGCUUUUGAUGCAAUCCAUGCAAAGGCCCCUCUCGAUCAAAGCCGCGAUAAGGAGUGA